CAUAAUAACAGUCGGUGAGGAGGAGGGUUCUUAGAAACGAGCUGUGUCGAGGGUGGAAGCCUCGUUUCUUCUCCGCCUGAAAAGAAGGAAAGGAAUUGUGGGGAGAAACAAGAAGUAAAUGGAGUGUGUGGUGCAAGGGAUUAUUGAGUCACAGCACGUUGAAGCCCUGGAGAUUCUUCUUCAGGGCCUUUCUGGUGUUCCAAAAGAACGUGUCAGGGUGCAUGAGCUGUGCUUAAAAAGUGGACCAAACCUUGGAGCUGUGCCCUCUGAGGUCCGUCUUUUGUGUGAUUUAGCGCAGCCAACACCAUCUUGGACUGUACGGCAUGUCGGGGGUGCCAUGAGAGGUGCUGGUGCUGAGCAGAUGUCGGUUUUAGUCCGAACCAUAGUCGAGAGCAAAGUGGGCCAUAACGUUCUGCGUUUCUUUUAUUCCCUCGGUUACAAGUUAGACCAUGAACUUUUAAAGGAGGGUUUUGCAUUCCGUUUCCAGAGAGGAGCCCAGAUAACUGUUACUGUGACUUCUGCCAAUAGAAUGCCUAAACUUCAUGCGACAGAUGAAGCUGUGCCUGUCACUCCGGGCAUACAACUGGUUGAAAUCACGGCACCAGCUGCAGCUGAGAACUAUAAUGAAGUUGUUUCUGCUGUUUCUUCUUUCUCCGAGUAUUUGGCUCCGCUCUUGCAUCUCUCGAAGCCUGGUAUUUCAGCAGGUACUGCUCCUACAGCAGCAGCAGCUGCUUCUUCUCUUAUGUCAAAUAGUCGUGCAAAGACCUUAUAAUGUAAUGUGCCUUAAAGUAUCCCUUCUUAGUUGAUGUUUGGAUGCCAAAUCAAACAUUAACACUAACUUAUCUGUUUUCAUGAGUAGUUUUGUUGUUUCAUCCAUGGGGUUUUAUAUUCAUCCAUGAUUGUGUACUAUUUUAGAUUGUUUAAGUACAUAAACGAAGGAUGAAACUUUCAUUCAAUAA